CUGCAAAGUCACGAGGAGAUAAUUAAUGCAGGGAGCCCCACCCUCGUUUGACAAAGGGCCUAGGGAUGGAGGGGAAAGGAUCUCUAGUCAGUUCUGAUACAGUGAAGCUUGCUCUUUCUGACAAACAAGGAGAUGCCAUGGCCACUUGGACUAAGUGGAGAGGCCGUUUGUUUAUCAUAGAGAUAUACAUGUCUCUUUUUAUUCUCCAGUUCUUGACAUCGAGUCAGCUAAUACAGCAAAACAUAUUCCAAAAGUUUGCUCGUGAGACUCUCUCAGAAACACAUAACUACACCGCACCCAACCACUCCAUCUGUCUAAAGCAAGACUACAUCGUGAGUGCUACUGGUAACAAUGAUUCCAUCAUAGAGAUACAGAAGAGAGCCAAUAAUUUGGCUAUGUAUCUUGAGGUCAUUGGUCUGUGUGCAUCUGGUGUCAUGGCUCUGUUUUAUGGUUCAUUGUCAGAUAUCAUUGGUCGAAAGCCUAUUCUAACAGUGGCGUUGAUUGGGAUGACAAUAAUGUGUGCUAUACAAUUUGCUGUCAUUGAGUUUGAUCUCAAUAACUAUAGUAUAUGGCUAAUAGUUGCUGCUGGUAUAAACGGAUUUCUUGGAGGGACAGCAACAAUGUUAGGCGUCUCCUUUGCCUCUGUCAGUGAUGUUACUUCAAGAAAAUGGCGAACACUACGUCUGGGUACAACUGAGUCUAGUAUAGGCUUUGGUAAAGCAGCAAGUUAUACAGUAGUCUAUUAUUGGAUCAACAGUAAUGGCUGUGAUUUUAAAGGUCCAGCAUACACCCUAAUUGGAAUCGUACCUUUAACAUUCAUUUACUUGAUAUUACUACCAGAAUCACUGCCACCAAAAGAAAGGAGACAAAACGGAGGAGGCUUUAAGAAAAUUGCUAAUGGCAUCAAAGUAUUUAUUGAUCCUAGCAGGACAGGUCUCUCAAAGUGGUGGAGAGUAUGGGACUGUGUUGCAAUAAUUUCCAUUGAAUGUCUCUGUGUUAUUGGGGUAUAUCAAGUUAUCAACUAUUUCUUGCACAAUGAGCCACUUCAAUGGUCUUAUGAACUCAUUGGCAUCUAUGGCGUUGUAACUGCCCUUUCUACCGUUGUUACUUUAGUGAUCGUUCUUCCUUUGAUGAUAGCUCUACCUAUUCCUAGGCAGUAUAUGAAUCCUUCAUUCAUACUGCUUGCAUCUGUGAUUGCCGUUGUCACUAACAUCAUGAUGGCUACGGUUAAACAUGGUCAAGAUUGGGAAAUGUUCCUUGCUGGAACAGUUCAGACUUUACAAAUGAUUGCAUUCCCAUCAGUAAGGGCUAUACUAUCAGGUCUUGUAGAUGCUGAAGAUUAUGGAGCUGUUUUAUCUAUUACUGCCUCAAUACAAAUGUUUGGAUCGGCUGGUUCAACCGUUCUUUUUAAUGAGAUCUAUCGUCCAGAGGCUGAAGUGAAUGGACAUCAUUACAAUGCUGGGAUAAUCUUUUGGAUCACGGCUGGUUUUUGGGCUUCGUUGAUACCACUCAUCCUGCUGUUAUUUAAGAAGCAAGGUGAAACUAAAACCGAAAGCGUAAAAUUAUUGACAGGGUCACAAGAUCAAUACCAUACCAUACAAUAAACUAAGAUAAACUAUACUAGAUUAUUUUGCUAUUCUAUUUAAUUUAUUGUGUGCAUUAUCUCUUUUAUUAAACCUUUUGCUUAAUUUUGAUCUAA